AGGACGGGGUGGUGGAGAGGAACGGUUACCGGCGAACCUGCCCCAGAGGGUCAGUCCCGCGGAGGGAAGGAGGCGUCAGGGUGUGUGUGGGAGAGCGGCCUUGAACGGGUUUUUCUCCCCUUCAUUCCGCCUCGCCAGAGCUUGUGGCGGGAAGGGGCGGUUGGGCUCAAAGGGCCUGACGGAGCCGCGCUGGAGGAGCGCGCUGCCGCCUCAGAAAGUUUGAAGAGGAGGAGGAGGAGGAGCCCUGAAGGCAGAACGGCAGGUGGCUGAAGGCGGUUAAACUCCUCCUCACUGGUCUGAUUUGCAGAGCAUGGGCUAAACACUAUGACCCUCUCUCGUGUCGAAAAUUCCUGUUUUCUGCUCUUUCUGUUCGUCUUCCAAGCAAUAUUUAUCCUGAUAUUGUACCGAGGUGGACCUUCAAAUGUGUUUCGUGGGUUUUUAGACUCGCGUCAGAUUCUGGAUUAUUCAAAAACUCAUGAUGUGUACACGAACCUCAGCUUGUUCACCCAAGCUCCUAAUGAAGAGGCUAUGCCGUACUGCUCAGCGCAGUCACCGAUAUUUGUUGGUCCAUUAACCAUCACCUUCAGGGUGCUCCCUAGUGAAAGAAUGAUCAUCAAAAAAAAUCCUUUUGUUCAGGCCGGUGGCCGCUACAGGCCACCUCACUGCUUGGCCCGCUACAAAUCAGCCAUCCUUGUAGCCUACAGGAACCAGGAGAAGUACCUUCACCAUCUUCUCUACUAUAUUCACCCUUUCUUGCAGCGCCAGCAGCUCAGUUACAGUAUCUACUUGAUUCAGCAGGUGGGGAACGGUACAUUUAACCGAGCAAAGCUGCUUAAUGUUGGUGUCCGGGAAGCCCUGAAGGAUGAAGACUGGGACUGCCUUCUCCUGCACGAUGUGGACCUAGUACCUGAGAAUGAUUAUAAUCUCUAUGUUUGCGAUGAAUACUAUCCCAAGCACAUGGCUAGUGCCAUGGAUAAGUUUCAGUACAUUCUGCCUUAUAAGUCCUUUUUUGGGGGUGUAUCUGCUCUGACUCCAGAACAUUACAUGAAGAUGAAUGGGUUUCCAAACACGUACUGGGGCAGUGGUGGUGAAAAUGAUGACAUUGCUACAAGGAUUCAGUUAGCAGGAAUGAAAAUAGUCCGGACAUCACCUCACCUUGGACGCUACAAAGUGAUGGACUACAGUGGAGAGGAGACCCAAGAGCCUUGGAGGAGGCCCCCUUCCCGCCACAACACCAGGAAAACAUGGAAAGAUGAUGGAAUGAAUUCAUUAGAAUUCAAGCUCCUUUCCAGGACAAAGCAUCCCCUUUAUACCAACAUCACUGUGGACAUUGGAUAUGUUCCUCCAUUUUCUUAAGAGAAUGAAGACAAAAGCAGAGUUUGGGCUGAUGGCAGCACGCACACGGGCAUUCAGCCUCUACCUCCUGUUGUGGGGUCUGCACCACCUGAGACGAAACCUUCUGUCUUCCAUGCAUUUCACUUCUGUUUAGGACUUAGAAGAAAAGGCUUCAGGAACAGCAUAUGAUGGCUAAGAAAUAAUCUGUGUCUUACUGUAGAACUAACUACUGAGCCAGACCCAGCCCUCAGGCCUUGAGGAUCAAGGUCUCCUUGUAAGCUGACUCAAAUCUUCUGGAACCUUUGUUCCACAGCUGGAUAGCUCUGGCCUGCUUUUGUACUAAAGUGUUAAAUCAGGAUACAAGCCAUUCUGUCAGACAGGCCUCAAGUGCUGUAUUUUGAGGAAGUGUUGAAGCCUGCUAUAGUUCUGUAAAUACCUUUUGUGAAUUUGAGUACAAUAAAUUGAGUUACAUGUUUGGGUUAAGAUUUUCUAGAAUAUCUAUUAAGCCUAAUAAAGGAGAAAGUCGCCCUGAAACUAGAGAAAACCAGAGCUUAAGCCCUUGUUUUUUUUCUGGUGCAAACCAUCAGUGCUUAAAUGUUUCUAGUGUAGCUCUAAGUAGUUCAGGCUGAGACCUGCAGCUGUCACCUGACCUAACCUGCUCAGAGUAGGGAAAUUAAUUUCAGCUGUUGUUCAAACAUUAAUUAGCCCUCAAGGUUGAUCCAUCUUCAACAGAAAAUACUUCUGAGGAGGUAAAUACUAGUUUUUCUCCUUAGUAUAGCUGUGACCCUGGCAGGAAUGCAUUUGUGCUUACCUAACUGAGGCUGACAGUGCCUGCCCAAGCCCUUGCCCCUUCUCUGUAAGGCAGGCAGUAGCACUGCCUACCAGGUCGUUGUUUUGUCAGCAUGACAUAGGGUAUUUUUGCUUGUUACUUGUAGAUAUGAAAAUCCCCUGUUCACUGAAGAGCUGCAUCUAUCCCACUAACACCUCAGAACUUAAAGUUUGUCUUCUCUACAGUUGGAAUAAUAAGUCAACCAGCCAGAGAUUCAUUCUUCAAUAUUACAGUAAGCAGAAGUUACUUUUUGUCAUGUAAUUCUUAACACAUUGUGUCCUAAAAGACUCUCCCAA